AUGGCUAAGUUGGAUGAUCUGCCAGAUGAGCUGAUACUCAACAUACUCCACAGAAUUACCUCCAAUGAAGCUGACCAGACUACUCUAGCAGGUUUCGCACGUGUUGCGAAGAAAUACCGACCCGUCGCCGAGGAGGUUCUUUACCAUGCGCCUAUCCUUCCCCUCGGAUUUGAUCAUCAUGGUGCCGUUAUGCAAUUCCUGCGUGCAUUGAUCAAGGACGCGAAACUCGCGAACUUCGUGCAUCAUCUCGUGCUUCCAGUCACGAAGCGACUGCACCACGAUGUGUCAGAAUGUCAAGAUCAACAAUGCGUGCACGGUCUGGAGAACCUCAAAGCUGAUAUAGAUCGCCGAGUGGGCUCCGAUUAUAAGCUUUGCACUCAAGUUGAGGGUGAGAAAGAGAUUUCCAUCGACGGAAAGAUCGACGGACAGACGAUGCCUGCAUGUUAUUUCGAGCCGUCACUCGGUGGCCUCAUCCUCGGUCUGCUCCCCAACCUGGAAACGCUCGACAUGCAAACCUACCAAGAACCAUUUGGCCCGGAUGAGCAUGGUAAGGUACGGCCAAGAAUCACCGAGACAACGGUCCAAGACUGGUUUGGUGCUCAAAGCAGUCAGGUUGGCGACAACGCCGUUAGUGGUCUUGCUGGUUUGCAACACCUGUCUUGUGAAGAGAUCACAGGCUUUGAAUUCUUUCGAGGGCCAAAUCUAACGUCAUUGGAACUAAAAUGGGAUACUUACUUGGGAGCGAACCCCAUCGCAGCCCCGGUACCCGCUGUCAUUUCUACCAGCAUCACUUCUAUACAUCUUGAGAUGACCAUUCAAAUGCUCGAUGGCAGGAGGUGCAUCAGAAGCGAAUACCUCCACGAUCUUUUGCAGGGUUUGCCAGCGCUUCAGAAGAUAUCAGUAUUUCUCUCUUACCCUGAACGGCACUCUCACCUUGACUUUGAGGAUAGAGACGACCUAGGUUGGGAUAACAUCAUCGAAGCUCUGAAACACGCAGCGCCAACGCUUGAAGAGUUGUUUAUUGAUGUCGAGGUACCCUUUACGGAUGAGAGCGUAUCGACACGGGCUCGGUCCAUUGCAACUUCGCUGCGCAAUCAUAAGUUUGACAAACUGAAGCGGCUACGCAUCCCGAAUGAAGCGCUGUGCAGCGUACAAAUGAGUCAUAGGGUUGAUUCGGUCGACUCGCUUCCCUUGGGCCUAGAGACGAUCGAAGUUGUAGACCCUGAUUACCGCACUCUGGUUUGGGUGGAUGCCCUGACAGUUCGUAAACGUGAGGGGCAUCAUGCUGCACUGCGCGCAGUUGCAUUGAGACAGCGGGAUUGGGUCGAAGCCGCGCAAGUCUGGUCAGAUGCGGAAGAGGAGGGCAUUGCGAUUAUUAGAGCCGUCUUGCCCACUCACUAG